CGUGGUGACAUAUCCGUAUAAAUCUUUUCUGAAUUUCUUCAACAAUGGGCAACCAAUUUUCCCAGCAAGUCGAAGAGACUCCGGCUCCGGCCGAGACAUUUGCAACUAUUGCACCAAAGCCCGUCCCAGAGACUGUAUCUGCUUCUGGUGAUACAAAAGAGGCCGUCGAAGAUACUGUAUCGGCGUCUGGUGACAAAAAAGGCAAUUGCGGGGCUUGCUGCGCCUGUCCCGAGGCCAAGCAGGCACGUGACCAGUGCUUUGUGGAGCACGGAGAAGAGCACUGCCUGGGCGUGAUCGAUGCAUACAAGAAGUGCAUGCGCGAGGCAGGCUUCAAUAUCUAAGCAAAACAUAGCCCCGUCUCCAGAUAACUUCAUAUAUUGAUCCAGAUACAUUGAAAGAAAGAACACACUAUCAUAUAAAAGAGAUGCUUUGCUGAAAGAAACCACCUAAAUACCAGUCGUCAUGGAAGUGUAAAGAAUAUACAUCUUAGUAUUCUAAAUAAAUUAUCCUUUCCGAGCCAAAAUAUACUACG